CGAGAAUGAUCAGCGAAUAAUUGUUCGAGGUGUUGUUGUUCCUUUUGUUUGUCCAGGUAGCAGUUCAUAUUCUUACUCAUGGAGAAAUCAAAGUCCAUUGGACAGAUCCAAGCACCAACAUAUGGUAACUUGAUCACCAUUCUCAGCAUUGAUGGUGGAGGGAUCAAAGGAAUUAUCCCUGCAACUAUUUUAGCCUUUCUGGAAUCAGAACUUCAGAAACUGGAUGGUGAAGAUGCUCGACUUGCAGAUUACUUUGAUGCCAUGGCGGGGACGAGCACCGGUGGUCUGGUAACUGCAAUGCUGACUGCACCUAACAUGCAAAACCGACCUCUUUAUGCUGCAAAGGACAUCAAAGAGUUUUACCUGAAUCAUUCCCCCAAGAUCUUCCCACAGUCCAGCUGGCCAUUUAACACAGCUGCGAAAGUUAUUCGAGCUAUAAUUGGACCAAGGUAUGAUGGGAAGUAUCUUCAUGAGCUUAUCAGGAGAAACUUAGGGGAGACACGGCUGCAUCAGACAUUGACCAAUGUGGUCAUCCCAACUUUCGAUAUCAAGAGGCUCCAGCCGACCAUCUUCUCAUCAUACAAGGUAAAGAACAACCCAUUACUUGAUGCUCGGCUUUCCGAUAUCUGCAUUGGCACCUCUGCAGCUCCAACUUACCUUCCAGCAUACGACUUCCAAACUGAAGACUCCCAAGGCAAUAUAAGAGAGUUUAAUCUUAUCGAUGGAGGAUUAGCAGCAAAUAAUCCGGCUUUGGUUGCAAUGGGAGAAAUAACCAAAGAGACCUUUGAAGAAAACCCAGACUUCUUCCCUAUAAAACCAAUGGACUACCACCGCUUCUUGGUUAUCUCACUUGGCACCGGCUCUUCCAAGGAAGAAAGGUACAGUGCCAACCAUGCAAAGAGAUGGGGAGUAUUGGGUUGGCUGCUCAGUAAUGGUUCCACUCCAUUGGUAGAUGCAUUCAUGCAAGCAAGUGCAGACAUGGUGGAUAUCCACAUCUCUGAAGCUUUCCAAGCAUUGCAUUCAGGGAAAAAUUACCUCCGAAUUGAGGAUGAUGCUUUGAGCGGAAUACUAGCAUCAGUAGAUACGUCCACCAAGGAGAACCUGGAGAACCUUGUCAAGGUUGGAGAAAUGCUACUGAAGAAACCGGUCUCAAGAGUCAAUUUGGAGACUGGUCAUGUUGAGCCUGUGAGUGAGGGAGAAGGAACUAAUGAGGAAGCUUUGAUAAGGCUUGCCAAACUACUGUCUGAUGAAAGAAGGCUCCGUGAGAUGCGAUCGCCGCAUUCUAAAUCGUCGCGAACUGGGAAGUGAAAGAAGAUGGCUUCAAGACGAUACCGAUCGGUUGCUGUCAGGAAUAAAUGAACUAUUCUAUAUAGUUCAAAGUUAGAUAAUGGAUCUGAUUACAUGUCCUUUUGUUAAGCUUAAGUUUCAGCAUGAGAAUAUGUAACUCUCAUGACAGUCAACAUUAGUUGUAAGCUAAUGACUAAACCUAAUAUUGGCUUGCUUUUGACAA